AGAGCUCACGUCAUGACAAUAAAAUAAUCGCUUUUAAUUCGAAUAUAAGAAAUGAAAUUUUGACGUUGACAAUAAAAGAAAAUAGGGAAAAUUUGGAAAAUAUUACAAGAAAAUACUUUUGUGUUGGUGACUGAACGCUGCGUAACAGAAUGUGGUCAACACUUCCGGCGUGGUUUAUCACAAUUUGCGUGUGCGCUUGCGCUCAACGCAUCGACCAGGAACCUUUGCUUUCUCCACGCCAGUCGCGGGUUCGUGACCGGGAAGUGAAACCUGAUGAACCUACCUGUGACCAGCUGAAGGCUAUGUGGAGGUUUUCGAAGAGGCAAGCUCGAGCCCCCGAAAUAAUGAACGAGGUUAAUUCCUACCGCGAUCCGUUGCUGUACAAUGAGUGGCCCGUCUACACAGCCAUGCCCAGAGCUGCCCCUAGAUUCCGCUACCAGUACCCCGCUAUGCCACGUGAGGCAUAUGGUCGAGUGAUUACGAAGGCACCACCGAAUGUAGUCCGCACACCUGACUAUGGAGAAAUGUUCGGAAUGUUGAACGUUCCCCAUACAUCUGGCAAAAUCCUGCGGUUCCCGGGACCUUCUAGACCUCGAGGCGGGUCCACUUUUAUGGUGCCACCUCAACGGGACAGAUUUGAGGCGCUGAAGAAGCUUAUAAGACAAGAACAUAUCCGCGAACUACAAAGGAAAUAUGAGACCGAGCAGAAACAUGAACUAAAGGAAAUCGUUGCGGGUCGAGGCAAUGAGGAGUAUCCGUAUGGGGCGUAUGGUGAGCAGGAACCUCGGGGCCUACAGCCCCUUGAGUAUGCAGCUGAUGACCCCACCGCUAGACACAAUAAGAAACCAACUGCCGGCAGCCGUCAAGUAUCCCAGUUCUCGCGUUACUCCGAUGUGAUGCUGCCACCGGUACGCCGUACAGUCUACCCUUACAUGGACUACCCUCUCCCUGAAUAUAUCCCCUACUACUGAGCCCCUCCCUCGAUCAAAGGCAUCAGACAUUCCCAGGGGCAACCCGCGUACAACUCUUCAGGCUUUAAAACCCAUUUAUAUCAGUAUUAAUGGUCAUAUCUAUACCAUAUCGCUUUCGCUUCUCGACGCGAGCUUUGCGUUAUUUUUUUAUAAGUGAAAUUUUUUACGUAGAUUCGAAUUUUAUCUAAUAUUUUUAUAGCGUAAGAUUAGAUGUUUUAGGACUUCCAUGUGACAAUAAUUGCUUUUGAUUAAUAUACAAGAUCAAUUAAUUUCCCGUCAAUUCGGCGACCGACAAUAAUAUUCUACAAUCGAUGUUUAGUGUAAGAUGUUUGUUAGUGAUAAUUGAACCUUGGAAUCUUCUGUGGAAACCCACAAUUGUAUGUUCCGCGGCGUUCAGUCUGAGCCCGACGAAAACGUGGAAUAAAACUAUACUGCUCUGUUACCUAAGUAUUUUUAUGUACCCGCCCAUAACAGGAUAUCUAGUCGAUAUUUGUUUCAUCACCUCAGCCAAUUUAAUCGCAUUUAUUUUAAAGUUAGUAGAUCGUUUGAAUACCAUAUAAAUAUCGUUGUGAUUAGACGCUAAGUACUUACUAAAACUUUCAAAAGCCUUCGAGACGGCUGUCGGUGUCGGCUGUGCUGUUUUCGAUUGACGUUACAUGGGUAGGCACAACUGGACACCGGCAAAAAUGCUUUAACUACAUUUAAAUGUUUCAUGUUUAUAGAUUAUUUGUAAAUUAGCAGAAGUGCGACACGUGCUUAUGUAUUGAUUAAUACAUAGGAUUAGGUUAAGCAGCCCGAUGCAAGUCCAUACACAACAAUAGAGUGAAACCAGAGGGCGCUUUACAGCGUAUAAUAUUUUCUUAAUUUAAAUAUAUAUAUAUAUAUAGGCUGCGUAACGUUGUUAACUAUUUGUGUAUUAUGUAUUGUGUCAAAUCUUUCGACUUGUAUUACGACGAACCGUCGACAUAACUUACAGACUAUGAAAUUUGGCUUUAAAAUAUUGUAUUACUUAUUACAGCUUUAAGCUAGUCAAUAUUCGUUAUCCUUCUAUUUGAAAUGGACAAACGUCCCUUCCUACAUUACUAAUGUAUACAAUCGUUUAUUUAUAUAUAAUAUUUUAACAAUAUUCUGUAGAGAUUUACAAACUUAUUUUAAUAUCUAUGGAUGCAUAUUUAAUUGAAAUUGAGCAUGUCAUUCAUAUCCUGAUCAAUAAUUAGUAAUAAUUGUAAUUCGUGUACUUAGAUGUGCAUAACAUAUCCUGUCAGUGCGACAUUUCUUAUCAUAUCGAAACUAAAAUUUUGAAAAAUAAUUUUUGUGAAUUAUAAGUAUAUAACAUAAUAUAUGACAAUAAUAUGCUGAUAUAGCAUUGUAAAUUAUGACAAUAAAUUAUAUCUCUUGACAAUAAAAUGUUUAGAAUGAGUGUA